GGAGGACUGAUGUGGUUUUGUUAGCCCUGAGCUAAGGAGCUGAUUUGGAUGAUCAUGAGGCUGCCUUCAGUCAUUUUACUCUGCACGGUUGUGGCAGGAGCUUCAGGGAGAUCCCAGGAGACUUUAGAGCAGGAAGCCUCCUGUAUGACAGAGUGUGCUGGACACAGCACCUUGCAAUUCCAUAAAGGCUCCAGAUAUAUCUAUAGGUAUUCUACAGCCACCAACACAUUCCUACAGGGACCCAUUUACAAAAGGAGUGGUGUUUCCCUUGAGAGCACAGUGAUCCUUGAAGCACUAGGAAAGUGCCAUAUGAUCUUAAAAAUGCAAGAUGUACAGAUAAAGAAGACACAGGCAUCCAGGGAAGAUCCACUGAAAGGAAUAGAUAGUUUAAGGGAAGUAAUAGAGCGGCAUCCUCUUCACUUUUCUUUCCAUGAGGGGAAAGUUUUAACAAUCUGCCCACUGAGGAGUGAACAAACCUGGGCACUGAACAUCAAACGGGGCAUUCUCAGUAUUCUUCAGACUGCACGUGCACCCACUGCCGAUGGACUCGUUGAAGAGGUGGACAUUCUGGGAAAAUGCCCAACCAAAUAUCAGCAAAAAGGCCCUAUUCUUUUGAAGAUGAGAGACUUAAACCUGUGUUCUCACCGGUAUUCAGGUUUUACCUCCUUGCAGUCCAUUGCUCUACCUGGCGCAGUGUCCCAGCAGCAGCUCCUGUCUUCCAAAUUGGAAUGUGUUCAGAGCUUUAAGGAAGCAAUCCUGGCAGAGGCCAAAUGUACUGAGUCCAAUCUCCUUACCCCUUUCUCUAGGAAGGGCAGUGGAGCAAAGACACAGACACAGUCUGCACUAAAACUACUUCAAGUAGAGGCAGCGACCUUGUACAAGAAAGUGGACUGCAAGGAUCUGUAUGUGAGUGAUAUCCUAUAUGAAAAGGAAGAACCUGAGAGGCAACCUACGGAAAAAGAUGUGGCUGAAAUAGUGCGAAAGCUCUGCUUGGCACAUAGCAUGAGUUUUGAGACUACAGAUCUCUUCAUGACUUUGGUGUUUGAACUUCGAAGUCUCUCCCUGAAUGAUUUAAUGGGCCUUUGGCAAAGAUCUUCAUUUAAGUGCAGGGACAACUGGCAGCCACUGGCAGAUGCUCUCCCAUCCUGUGCUACAGAAUCCUGUGUUUUCCUUAUGAAAGAAAUUAUAGUCUCAAAAGAAGUGGAAGAGGACAAAAUUGAAUCUUUCCUUUGGUCACUAUCAUUCAUUCUGAAGCCCACUGCAGGCAUGAUCAACUCUCUUGCUCCUUUGCUAGAAUCACCAGGAGCAAGCCAGACUACCUUCCUAGGAAUAACAGCUAUGGUGCAUAACUUCUGUUCAAGUACCAGUGCCUGUAACCUGGUACCUGCAGUGCAGAUGGUAACAAGGAUUCUGGAGGGAUACCUGGGAAGAAACUGCAGCUUGGAAGAAAUGGAAGACCUCAGCCAGAUUCAAUUAGUGUUAAAAGCAAUUGGAAAUGCAGGUCUGGCAGCCACAUCUCUCACUCCUGUCCUGAGUUUGUGUGCAUUCCAGAAAAGCAACCCUACCGAAAUCCGACUAGCAGCCAUACAGGCCUUCAGACGCAUUCCCUGCACUGCCAAUCGAACCAUAUUAGUCCAGCUGUAUCAAGCCGCUGAUGACGAUGUGGAAAUAAGAAUUGCUUCAUAUUAUACAGCAAUGAAAUGUCCGAGUAAAGAGCUAUUUCGCCAAGUGCAACAGACUUUUCAGCGAGAGACAUCUAGCCAAGUGGGUUCUUUUGUCUGGAGUCAUCUCUCUCAACUCCUGGAGACAGACGACCCACUGAAAGAAUACCUCCGUGAUUCCAUUCCUGAUGACAUUCUUAGCAAAGAGUUUGACUGGGAAAUGUGGAAAUAUUCCUCAUAUUCAGAUGUCACUUUCCAUUCGGGAGCUGCAGGUGCCAAUAUGGAGGCAUCACUGGUCUUUUCUCCUGCAUCUUUUAUUCCACAAUCCAUAAUGACAAACUUGACCAUAUAUACUAUGGGGCGGGCUAUAAAUCUUCUAGAGCUUGGUGUACGGUUAGAGAAUGCAGAAGAUCUCAUACAGAUGAUAUUUGGCCAACAAUCUACUUCUUUCAGUGAAUACUUGUUUUCAAAUACUGACGAAAGAAAUCCCAAAUCAGAAAUUCCUGUGGAAAUAUCUAGAAAAGCCAAGCAGAAGAGAUUGACUUCAAAGAAAUACAGUGCUGGAGAACGUCUCGUGACUAAGGCUGGAAAAUCCAAGUUAAGUAAAGCAAAGCAGAGUUGCCCAGGUGGAAAGUAUAAUAAGAUGAGUGAAUUAGUGAAAAAGCAUCUUUGUACCACUCCAUGUCAGUUCACUGAUCGACUGGGACGGAAGAAGGAGUUGAAAUGUGAACUGAGCAUAAAGAUCUUUGGAAAUGAACUCAGCUUUUUGGACUGUGAAGAUAUAAGAAAGAAAGUGAAGCAUUAUUCCCUGAACCUGGCGGAACUAGCUGUCAAGCUUCUAAAGGGUCAAGAGAUCCCGUUUAAUAAAAGACUGAGUUUGGCCACUGAAGAACUGCUCUUCCCAGCAAUUUCAGGUUUUCCAGUUCAGCUGGUUUUAAAUGCCUCUGCAGCAAUCAGUGUAAAAAUCAAAGGGGAUGUGGAUUUCAAGCACCGAUCAAAUUUUUUCAUUAAUGGAUAUAUCAAGCCAAGUGCAUUUAUCCAGAUUUCUACCCAAAUGGGAACUGUGGGGAUUCUGGGAAAAACUGGCUUGGCCUGGGUAACUGGUGUGAAGACAUCAACCAGCCUGGAUGGAGGAAUCCAGGUAAAAAAAGGACAAGAACUUAAAGCAUUUUUGAACACCCCUGAAGAAUCCAUGGAAAUAAUUGAUUUCAGCUCUAAAAUUUACCUCACAACAGCUGAUGGAAUGGAAAAUAUUGAUGGUUUCCAAGACCGUGUAGAAAGCAAAUCCUGCACAAGUGAGGAAGUAUCCAAGAUUAUUGGCUGGCAAUUGUGUUCUGAAAUGUCUUACCCUGACUCAACCAGUAGUUUGCCUUUCCCACUUUCUGGGCCCAUGAAAGCAUCUGUAACAUUAACAAAGCAAGAUAGAGGUCUUCAGCAGUACCUGAUGGAAGCAGCUUAUAAUUAUGUUUCUCAGGAAGAUUCUUGGAUGCCAAAUGAAGCUGUCCUUCAUUUCUUUUUUGGGACUCCAAAGUCAGACCUGAAACGGGAUGUUGGUAUUGAGCUAAAUUUUAAUGUUCCACAGAAGAAAUUCCGAAUUCAAUUCAUACAACCAAAGAAAAAAAUCCAAAUGGAUGGAAAAAUUGAGCUCUCUAAGAAUUCACGAAUUGGACACCUGGAGUUGAUACUAGAUGACCAAGAUGUAUAUUACAUUAAGGGAAUGACAGGUUUGCAAACAGUGAAUGGAGAGCAGAGAUACACAACCCAGCUGGAGGUCAAGCUGGUAAAACAGGGCAGUCCUAUCAUUCUGUCAGGAAACAUCACUAAACAACUUGGCAAGAAAAUGGCCCUGUCAGUAUCCCUGCAUAAUUUAUUGAAGGAUGCAGCAUUUCUUUCAGUACUUCUGGAGAGAAAGUUUGAUGAUAAAGUGAGGCAGUACUCACUUGAAGGGGAGACUUACCUUCCUGGUGUGCUGGGAUUGCAUGUCAUUGGCCUCUUGCGGCAGCGAGGAAACUUGUGGUCUAAUGCUCUACGAAUGAAAUAUGGACUCCUAGCAGGUGCAAAGAACCUUCAACAUGAAUGUAAUGCAGGGCAGAAAAUCAAGGUGGAGACUGGUCCAAAUGAAGCCUACAAACUGGAUUUAGGACAUGAGCUUCACUGUACUCAAGCUCCAGCCUAUAAUCAUAAGGUUCAUUUACAGCAUGAAGAACGUCCAUCCCGGCUCCAUUCGCACCUGGAAGUGAACUAUGGAAAACACUGGGAUGAAAUCAACAACAAGAAGAAAUUGCUGAUCAGCCAGACAUUUAAAAAUAGUUCAAGUCAUUCCCUAGCCAGCUACUUCAUGGAGUUUAGCCUGCAAGUCCCUGAAAAGCAGAUGAAUUACAGAACCCAGCUGCAGCACUCCUGUAUCUCUCAGGGUUAUUCAGAGAGUAGCACCAACUUUAAGGUGCAGUAUAAUGACCAUAUGCCAUUUGUGGCAGGACUGCAAUGGAAAGAUACCUCCAGAAAUUACCUUAAGAAGUGGGAAGGUGCACUAACAAUGGACACCCCAUGGCUGUAUCUGUACACUUCUCACAAAUUACACCAACCUCAGCAUUCUGCUUAUCUGUCUACUGUGGAGCUAACAUCUGGGAAAGCCAUUUCCAUCAAGAACUUGGUGGUGGAAAUGUUCUGCAAAAACAAAGGCAAUGAAAAAGAGGGCAAGAUUCACAUCUAUACCCCGACUGCUACGUAUCUCCGGGCAUCCACAGUCAACCACUUUGGGAAGAAUAUUCUGCAUAGCUACAGUGAAAUGGUAUCUGUGUGGAACCAGCUCGUGAUGAAUGAGAUACACCUGGAGAACAGUGAACAAGCCAAGUUUCUCUGCUUUAAAAUUAAGACUUCAAAGCAGGAGUUCAAUUUGACAGCUGACUAUUUUUACCGCCAGGUGCUGAAGAAGACAAAUGCUUCUAUGAGAGUUGUAUGGACAGACCACAAGAGCCUGCCUAUUGUGCUACAGCUCGAGGGCCAGAUAGAAGAGCUAAAGAAGGAGAAGAUGCUCUAUCAGAAAUGUGGAACAAUCCACUUCAGGCAUCCAUUUAAACUGUCUAUUCCCCAGAGCUUUCUUCUUCAGGAAACAUUUACUGUAGAUAAAAAUCGAAAACGCUACAUCUUGGAAACUAAAGUUUUGAUAAAUGGUCUGGAACAAUCGGUUCAAACUUUUACCCUUGGCUACCAAGCUGAAAAUCCCUAUAUUUGUGCUGGCUUGGCUCACCCUUAUAACAGCAAGAUUUUCCCCCAAAAUGUUCAAAUGUGUGUCUUAACCCGGAGUCACCAAAAUGCAAAGCAUGAAGUUGAAGCUACUCUGAAAGUUAACAAAAAAGAUUCUCUCAGAUUUCUGGGCAAGUACCAGAACAAGUCCAGUGAGAUUGAUUUCCGGCAUCUCUUGCACAUGGACAUGACUCAUGCAUUUCAGCUCAAGUUUCCACAAGCACUGGCCUUGAAUGGGGAGAUCUAUUCUAGGCAAACCAAGCUGGAAGACUUUGACUAUGGUGUGAACAUAAAAGCCACGCUCAACAAGACUGAUUCUUCCCAGGCCCAUGCAGUCCUAAAGAGUUAUGGUAAGAACAGUCUCAAUGGAUCGCUUUACCUUCAUUCCAGUGGAAGGGAUCUAGUGCUGCUGGAGGUUGAUAUGAGCAAUGAGAACAGGAAGAAUGCCAGGUUUAUUGGAGUGAGUGCUCUCUUGCAUCAAACAAUUUUGAAAGAGAUGGAGUCUACACAGCUGCAGCUAAUGGGCAAAAUAUAUCCUUCAAGACUUUUGAUAUCUUCUCAGAUGAAGCUAAAUGAAAACAGGUUGUGUUUGGACUUCAUGGGAGCUAAGGAACAGAAAGUUGGUCUUGUUAUGUCUGUAAAUGGAAAAAUGCAACACAAUGUUGCUGCCUGGAAGGCUGUACCCCAGCUUCUUUCUCUUAAUGGAUCCCUGAAACGCAAGAACAACAUUCAUGAGGGUAACAUUAGUGUGAUGAUCAGCAAAGCUCUGUACUGGUUCCAUCUCCGGAAUAGGAAUGUGUUUGGAAACACCAACCUGCACAAUAUCACUUUCACCAUGAGUCAAAACGGAAGCCAGGCAAUCCCAGCAGAGGCAAAGCUGAAAGGACACCUGGAGCUCAGUCAAGGAAUCAAAAGAGGCCUAGCCAGCUUCCAGGUGGAUGAGAGAGCUCUCUGUGUAGAUGUUUCUAAUGUUCUGAGUCAGGAACAGAGAGGGCUCACUGGGACUCUCACACACAACAUCAGCUCUUUACAAAAUGCAGGCUUUCCCAGAGAUGGCACCGUUACUGCCACAUAUUACCAUGUCACGACCAACCGCACUUGUACUAUAGCCCUACAGGGUGGCAGUAAAAGGAUUACUGCUACAUUUGCAGUUCAGAGACUUACCUUAGAGUCUCCUAAAUCCCAACUAACUGUGAGUUUGAAGCACAAUGUCACAGAGCUAAGAAAACAUGGCAUCCCUUUUACUGUAGAAGGUGCCUGCUAUUACCAGAACUUCAACAAAAAAAUUGCUGCAGGAGUAAGUACCAGGAUGGAGAAGGAGCAGUUCAAGGUUGAAGUGGAGAAGAAAAGCACCAGCAGCACUGUGAAAACUGCCCUUUUACUCCUCCAUGACCUGAGAGGACUGAUUAACAUUUUGCCAACAGUAAUACAGGUCAACUGCAAUGGAGAAUCCACUUCUAAUCAGCUUUCUGGCUACUGCAAUGGGGAGGUUGCAAGACAUCCGUUUGAGAAUCCAGUGAGAGUUUCAGUUAAUGGGUCACUGUUCACCAGCAACUCUACAGCCAACUUAGUAGGACAUGUUUCUUCUAAUGAUGCCUUUGUCUACCUGCACCUCCAUGCCAUCUGUGGCAUCCAGCACAGCAUGGAGAUUGGCUUCAAGCAUUCCUUGCCUCAGCUUGAGUCUCUGGGCAUUGCCCAGGAGAACCAAAUGAAGAUAUCGGCUUUGAGAGGAGAUACAUAUAAGGGCUUGCUAAAUAUUGCCUUUGGAUCAUGCUCCUUCAAAACAGAUGGAGAAGUGAAACCAAGAAAUAAUGAAACAGAUACAGAAUGGAUGUUUACUUUGAUGAAUAAGUGCAUUACCUUGGAGAAAGUGGGAUUACCCCAAACCCUAGUCACUGAGGGCUCACUCACUGUGAAUACCUGCAAUGUCAGCUUGACAGUAAACCUCCAGUGUGACAGGAAAACAGCUUAUGCACAAGUAGAGAGCUCCUAUGGACAGAAGUACACACUUGGAGGAAUGCUGAGGCAUUCAGUUGACUGGCUUGGUGACCUAGGGCUGCCUGCUGAAAACUCUGCUCAACUUUCUGUAGCCAAGAGCUCUAUGAUGGAAGGCAUUUUAUCACUACAGAUUGGUGAAUGCAAGUUCAAGGCUAGAGGAGAUCUCCAGACCCAGAAUAAAACUGAAUGGACUCUGGAGACAGAAACAGACUGCCAGCAUCUGCAGAAACUCGGCACUCCAGCUCAGUCACAGCUCACUGGAUAUAUUCAGAGGGAUGGCUGCCAAGCAGAACUGCUCUGUGACCUCAAAACAGAUGGCAAAUCAGCCUGUCUGGAAGUGAGAAUAGAGUGCCAGCCAAAGGUCACCCUGGAAAUUGAAUUCAGACAUGAACUGCCUCAUCUUAAGGAAAUCCCAGGAGAAAACAAGUUGUCCAUCAUGGCAGGCAAACAGUUAAAGUAUGAUAUUGGCAUAAAACUGGAAUCGGGCUCUUGCGAGCUUCAAGCCAAUGGGGACCUGCAAGUUGAAAACAAACUUCAGUGGAAAAUUCUCAUGGAAAACAAAUGCAAACCAAUGCAGGAUCUUGGGAGUCCAAUAAAAAUCAAUGGUUCAGGUUAUGUCCUGAUAGAUGGAAUGAACCUGGAUUCACAAAUGCUCAUCGUUGUUGAUGAAAGUACAUUACAAGGGCUUCUUACACUGAAAGCCACUGAUAACAAACAAGAACUAGAUGCACUGUUAACUCAUAACAUCCAAGGAGCCACUGACCUUGGCUUUCCAGCAAGGAUGCUAGUGGAUGCGACUUUGGAACAAAAGGGUGACCUGUAUAAAAGACUGGUUCAAUUCAGUGCGGACAGCACGAAAAUUACAGAGGAGCUGAGCUUUAUUCAGAAGCUGGGUUUUGUGUCUAUUAACUACAAGCUCACACAUAAUAUAGAAGCUUUGAAGACUUUGCAACUAGAAGACAGGAUUGAGUUGCAGGUUACACUUGACCUGAAAGAGAUCAAGAGCUUGAGUAUCAAAAUACAAUAUGGUUCUUGCUGGAUGGCUCUGGAAGGACAAAUCCAGAAGACUCCAAGGAGAACUGACUUAACUGGGAAUUUCCAGAACAGCUGGCCAUGGCUGCAACAGUCUGGAAUCCCAACAUAUAUCCAGAUGGUUAUGUCCCUUCAAGGAACAAAUUCCACUCAAGAAAGACAUGUGCGAGUUACAGCUGGACAAACAACAGUUGCAUACACAGUUAACUCUCAGUACGUUGGCCAGAGAAAUGAAUUUUUUUGCCAAAGUUUGCAUAACAGUGAGGCACUACUGACAUAUGGCUACCCUAAAGAGAUCAAUCUGACUCUCAUGUUACAGAAAUUAGAAAACAAAGCCAAAACAACCUUUGAACUUCAAUACGAUGACAAAAAUAUAACUGUGAACUUGGAUGUUAAUACCCAUUUUGAACUGUAUGGUAUGUUUGAACUCAUGGCAGAGGUAAAACAUUCAAUAUCUAUUCUCAAGCAUCUUGGACUUCCCUUCUCCAUUAAGAUGACAUUCCUUGAAAUCCUGACUGAAAACAGAAUUGAAGGGUCUCUGAAAGUGACCUGUGAGCCAAAUGCAAGCCUCUCAUUCACCAUCAAUAAGAAAAAUGAGCAGCAAAGUGAAGAACUGAAUAUAAAAGCUUUACAGAACUUUUUUCUUCAAUACUUGCCCAGCACAGUUGAACUUUCCUCAAAGGUACAUUAUUAUAUGAAUGAGGCAGAAGGCAGACUCUCUAUCAGGAUGGAAAAGAAGGAUUUCCAUGUUACAACUAAGUUAUCUUUCACUGGGACCACCUAUGCUAAUGUCAUUGAAAUGACGCACACACUGCCCCAGUUAAAAAUCCUUCCAAAGCAGCUUCUGUUCAUGACUGGUUAUCAAAAAGAUAACAGAACUCAUAUGUUGAGGCACAUUACUUUGUGGAAUGGCAAGGAAGUCAAGGUGACAGGCACUUAUACUGGACUCUUCCCAAAGUUAUCUGGAGAUCAUGAUAUUAAAUUGGAGCUUUCCCAUCCUCUCUCUAUCCCUUUUCCCUGGCGUACCAACGUCAACAUAUACAUGGAACAUGCAGUGCACACUUACCAGGAUGAUAUUACCAUUGGCUGGAAUGACAAGGACCAGGUAUUAAUCUCGUCUUCCCUGAAGUAUGGAAGAGAACAUAUUAAGUACCAAGCUACUGUCACUCACCCAUUUAAUUUCACCUUGAAGCAACUGGAGGUCAGUUCCCUGGGGGAAAGAAGAGAUGGAAAAUACAAUCAGCAGAUGCAGCUUGCAUGGAAUGGUGGACAGCCUGCUGAUUUCAACAUUUCUUUGGAAAACAAGUCUAAGAGCAGUAUCACCAGCUGGAAUGGUUGUAUGACAGUUUCUUCAGGUCAGCUGCAGAAAGUUUUACAGAUAGGACACCUUCAGGCAUGUGGGUCUAUAGAGCAAGCAGCGGUCUUAUUUAAUGAAUAUCUAGAUCUGAACUGGGAUGGCAAAAAAGUUGAACAGAAUCUGACUUAUGAGAGAAACCGACCAUCUUCUCCUGAUAAAAUUCAGCUAGAGGCCACUUUGGAAAACAUUUUACUGACUUCAUGCACCAAGCAAUAUAUUCUGGGUAAAAUGGAAACAAACUAUUCAACAUGGCUGGAUUAUUACAUAAGCCUUGGACUCUGUGAUCUUCCAAAUGUAAUUGUCUUCUCUGGAAAACAUCAGCUUAAUAAAGGAGAUGUAAUUCUGCAAUCGGAAGGCCGGUUCCAUCUUGCUAGUGAUAGAAAAGAUGAUGGAUUGAUCACAGUAGUCUUAAAGAACAAUAGCGCAGAUGACCUCAAGAAAUAUUCUGUGGAAUUUGAACUAAAAGCAUUUGAGGAUAUUUGGCUAGGCCUGACAGGAACUGCUACUUCCUCAGCUCUUCAAAGCCAAAUCCUGGUGGAGGGAAAUAUUGAUCAUAAAGAGAAAGUAAAGGUAGCUGCUUCUAAAGAGAAGGAGUGUCUUCAGUAUUACGUGGGGUACUUAAAGGGAGAUUUGGAGGAAGGAGUGGAGCUUGCUGCUUGUACUGAUGGGCAACAGAUGGCUACAAUUGAUAUCUACCUCAAUGUGAAUGGUGCAAGGCAAGAAAACACAGGACAACUGAUUCUAACUGCUGUCAAUGAGAGCUUGGGCUUGGUGGCUCAUGGGUGUGGGGAUCCUAUAGUUAAAAUGGAGUACAAAGUUAAUAAAAUUGGGUCCCAUCUAAAGGCCAAACUCCUAGAGAAGAUCAAGAAGUUUGAUGAAUAUAUUUGGAGAUUCAGGAAAUCAGUGCAGCAAAUUGAUUUCCUGUAUGAAGCAGCUGGCUGGCCUCUGAAAGCCUCUCAGGAGGUAGCAGGAAUCUUCCAAAAUGGGGGGAGAGCUGUUGCCCAGAUGUGGAAGCAGAGUGGAAUCAGGCAAACACUGAGAAACAACCUCCCGCUUUACCUGGAAAAAAUUCAAGACAUUGUACAGCAAAUGCAAAAUGAACUGCAAAAACCAUUAGCAACUCUGAAGGAUGCCUACUAUGAUGUGACUUUGAAGCCACUAGACGAAGUUUGGCAAGAAAAAACAGAGCAGUAUAUGAAGAAAAUCCAGGCUUUUGUGCCCAAUAUUGUAAAAGAUGUUUGGCUUAUGGAACCAAUCCAGGUGGCACUCAGAGCUCUGAAAACAAGCCUGGAUAUGGCAACCCAUCAGAUGCUAAGGUGGGCAGAAGCAAAGUUGUCCCAAGGUGUGAGCAAGAUCUGGAAGCCCUUAUCAAGCCUGUACAGCUUUUCAACCAGGAAUUGUUCAGUGGCAGUGAACCUGCCGGUUUUACCCAAAGGAGAACACUCUAUGGAUUUGGCAAAUAUUACUAACUACCUCAUUGAAGAAAAGCUAAUGAGGCCCCUCAGAGACUUCUAUAACAUCAACCCAGUAGCAGAAUACUACAGAUUCAAACGGAGGAUGAUGGAGAGUCCAUUUGAAUAUCAUGCUGUGUUGAUGGGGAACAAACAUGUUAUGACUUUUGAUGGAAGGAUUUAUGAUCUGGCAUCAAAGUGCAGUGUGCUUCUUGCCAAGGAUUUUGUUCACAGCACCUUCACUGUAGUGCUGAACCAGGAGACCAGUGGCUCAAGAUCACUCUAUGUGGAGAUGAACCAGGCAGUGUUUGAUCUGUACCCAGGACUGAAGAUGUCCAAGGUGUACAAUCUUUCCCUGGCGGAAGAGAGUUGCCAAAGUCUUGAUUUUGAUCUGUCUUUUGAAAAAAAUGGCGUAAUUGCAAGAAAAGAAGCUAAUACAAUCGAAGUGUCCAGUCAGAAUGGAGUUUCUGUCUCCUGUGACUUUCAUCAUGACCUCUGUACCAUUACAUUGAGUGGAUGGCAUCAUGGUGUGUCAGCUGGUCUUUUUGGCACUAAUGACAAUGAAGCUGGAAAUGAAUGGAUGCUUUCUAACCACUCUCACUCCAGCAGCAUGCAGGAAUUUAUACGGAGCUGGCAGGUGACCAGUCAGUGCAGCCAUGUACAGAAGAAAGUGAAGGCAUGUCCCAUCACAGCUAAGCAAAAAUUUUGUAAAAUGUUUUUUCAAGAAGCCCACUCUCCUCUCAGGAACUGUUUCAAAGUUGUGGACCCAGAACUGUUCUAUACCAUGUGUUCACAAGAUUCUUGUGGAUCCAGUGAGUUGAAAGCUGCUUGCAACUUGGCAGCAGCAUUUGUCCACUUGUGCAACAGAAAUUUUGUCCCCUUGGACAUUCCUCCUCAGUGUGUUUGAUUGGUCCGAAUGGUAACUGCCAAUCCUGAUGAU